AUGGGCUCGCCGGCGCUGGUUCAGGAGACGGGUCAAGUAGACGUCGCUGCAUUGGAGAAUACGCAAGCAGCCAAGCAGGGGAAACAAAGAGGAGAAGCCCUUAUCUGUGGUGGCGAGCAGCUUCCUCCCCACGCCUGCCCACAGGGCCCGGCCCGGCCCGGCCCACCCAAGGGUCCGGAAUCUUCUUCUCCUCCUCCUCCUCACCCCUCACCUCAUCCCUCCCUCGCCUCCCCACCAUCCUCCGCCGCCGCCGCCCUCCGCCCUCGCCGCCGCUCCGUUGGAAUCCGGAUCUUCCUUCGUCGAGGGGGUCGCGUCGCCUCGCCGGCGGCCGUCGCGAGCAUGUCGGAUGAGGAGGUAUCUGACCCGAAGGCACUCCUAGAGGAUCGAUCGAAGGCUAAGUGUGUGUACCAGUGGUAUGAAUAUCAGAAAUGUGUCAAGAGAAUUGAAGAUGAUGAGACUGGUCAGAAGCAUUGUACUGGUCAAUACUUCGAUUACUGGAAAUGUGUCGACAAAAAUGUUGCCGAGAAGCUUUUUGAUAGCUUAAAAUGACAAGGAAAAUGUUCUCUCUUGCUACCGUUUACGCAACAGUGAGAAUAAUCAUAUCGUUUCUGCGCCCUGUAGACAUGUCAGGUGCUUAAUAUCUGUAAGAAAAAAAGUUUUGCCUGUCGGAUAAUACGACAGUUUUUCAACCGCCACUUUACUUUUAUUUCUGCCAGAGGCAUUGAACUCUCUACAUCUGGGUUCGUACUGCGUUAUUGGCUCAUGCUUUUUCCCUUUCGGUUCAUAAUUGAUAUAUCCCCAGAUUGUGAAUGAGCACGGAAUGCUGUCAUUUGCCUUUUCCAUAUUGCUUCUGUCUUGUUUUUUGCACGUAUGCCAGUGUCUGGAUUUGUGUAUCGGGUUAAAAAAACCACGAGCUGGUAAUAACGAUUUCUUAUCUUUGGUGUCUA